UCAAUUUUUCUGUCAAACCCUUAAGAUAUCUUCUCUCAUAUCUGAUAUAAUUGUAACUUUACUGAAAUAAAUGUGUAAUUAUCUAAACAACUGUUAUGCAAGAAAAAAUCACCAUUAAUUAGUCAAUUUCCAUUAAUUUUGGUAAAUAUAAUACUAAUCUGGUAUUCCUACGUUAUGUUUAUAUCCUAAUCAAUCUCCAUUGAUUUUGGUAUUUCUGGUAAUUUUGGUAUUUUAAUUAUAUUACUUUGGUAAAUGUAUAGCAUUCCUAUUUGUGUAACUAUUAUAGUUAUACGCCACGGCUUCGCUGCGGCUCGGGAUGCGGCGUCGGGGGUAACAACAUAGGUUUUAAGCGAUAAAUGGUGUGGAUUUUGAACGUUUUGGAGUUUUGAUAUAGUUGGUAACUUGGGUUCUUUUUAGAAAUCGAAUUUGCAGGGAAGGAUUGUAUAAAAAGGUGCUUGAUACUACAAGGAGACAUGCAUUUCUAGACCACCACAAAGCUGCAUGUCAUGUGUUCGAUAAAAAUCCUAAGAUAAGAACAGAAAAGAGUAUUUGUUUUGCAUGUACCCCUCUGUGUGCUUGGUGAAGAUAGCUGCGGAGAUCAUCAAGUUCAACUAAAUUGUUGAGGUAAGAUAUUUCUUGCCCAAACAACUGGCGCCGACCUAGGGGAAGAUUGUUAGCACGAUUGUUUUACCUGAGAUAAGAAGAUGUCAAAAGUCAGGAACAUAACUCAGAAAAAGAACCUCAACUGGCAGUAGUCAUGGGGUGGCAGACGGGCUCAAUAGCUGGAAAAGGCAGCCAACGCCAAUACGUGAAGAAAUACCGUCAGAUGAUGAGAGGAUGAUGGAUGAUGCCCUGUUGGAGGAUGGUGAAAUACCAGACAACAGAAAAACUGGAGAUCAUGCGGAUGAUCAGUAUGAUCGAGAUUCCUCGCAGAUGGAGAAAUCCAAGUCAAGGGAGAUACCAGUGACUGACUCGCGAUCCCUAAGGGAAGAAAAAAAAGUUGAUGAGACUCCGGCAAGUUCAGUGUUAACUAAAGAAGCUGGAGAAAGAAAAUGAUCGUCUGAAAUCAGAGCUUGGAAAGAAUAAAAUUCAUGUGGAAUGGUCUUACGCCUCGCAUACUGGGGGAUACACGUCAACCAACACAUGGUUCACUUCGAACCGGCGCGUCUGGCAUCGUUUAGGAGAUAAUGGUAACCGGACUAAUGUUGAUGGUAACAAGACCGGACAGAGAAAAGUUAUUAACCUUGAACAGUCUCCACGACACUAGAUUCAUGGCCACUAGGAUAUUUCCUAGGCUCUCGAAUCAAUGGAGGAGGGAAGGUAUCCACGGAGCCGCUACCGAUAGCCGCCAGACUGGUUUGGAGAGCAGUGAUCGACACUAUGAACUUGAUCGCCAGAGGCGAUAUCCGCAAUCUGACGCCUAUGAAGGUAUCAAAUAAUCACCAUCAUAUGGCAGCAGAAGGCUUCAAUCUGAAGUCAGAGUCCCUCAACGCAAAAGAAGGCGUGAGGAAGAGAACUAUCACAACGAUGUUUCAGCAGGCGAGAGAUUGAGCGACCGACGACUCCGAAAAAUGAUCGAGAAAUGUCUUUUACAAAAGGAUUCACGUGAAGAUAAGUUGCAGCGGAUCCGUUGUGCAGCUGGAUCUCCUUUCAUGGAUAACAUCAGGCAGUAUCGACCUCCACACAACUUCAUGGUUCCAAAACUAUCAUAGUUUGAUGAAAAGUCGGACGUCCCAAAUCAACAUAUUUUGCUUUAUGAGACUGCAAUGACGUUGUGGGAGUUUAGUGACGAACUAAUGUGCAAAAUGUUUCCUCAAACACUGACCGACGGGGCCAUAAUCUGGUUUAACCAGUUAAAGUCACGACCGAUUGGGACGUAUGAAAAGUUAGUCGAAAUUUUUUGCGAACACUACAAUUAUAAUCGACAGGGAAGAAAAAAUUCUCACUCCUUGUUUAUGCUACAUCAGCGAAAAGGUGGAGGAAUUAGGCAGUUUCUUCAGCGUUUCAAGCAGGAGUUGGCAGAGGUCGUAGAUGAAAGUGACGAAACAGCUAUAGAAGCUUUCAGGCAAGCAUUCCCAUGGGAUCUCAAUGGGAUGUACAAUUCCUUGACUCGCAAGCCUGCAAAAAAUCUUGAGGAGCUAUAUGAUCGUGCGGAAGAAUAUGCUCGAGUUGCAGACGAUCAGAAAGCGCGAGAGGCUAGGGAUGUUGAUAUCACAGCUUGCAACUCGCAGUCAAAAGGAGGAGGCAAGAAAUCCAAGUUGAAGAAUCAUCCAAAAGGACAACCUAAUGAACGGACAGAAGCUGGUGAAAAAACUCCGAAACAGGAAAAGAAACUGACACCUCCGAAUAUUGGGUUGUCAGAGUUGUAUGAGAAGAUCAAACGAGAGCUAAAGACACCACGUCCGUUGCCAGCUGACACCCGCGACAAGCGAGAUAAAAAUAAAUAUUGUGCAUAUCAAAAGGAUAUCGGUCAUACAGCUGACAGUUGCGGUGCACUACAGUUCGAAGUGCAGGGGUUGAUCGACAAUGGUUUGCUGCAAGAGUAUGUCAAGAAAGAAUUACAUCCCACUCAAGUGAAUUUGGCCUUGUCUCGAGUAAUCAAUGUCAGCCAUGCGAGAAUUAACUCGAUUGCAAGACGAGCUUCUGUAGAUGCGUCCAAGAUUAAGCUAAGGCAGAUUAAAGAAUGGUACAUCGUGAAUAACAUUGAUUUCGCUAAUGGCCAUGGUGCAGAGACAUUGGAAGUCGGGUGCAAAAAGAUCGAAUUUACUGAGGAAGACAUGAAAGGUAUAUAUUACCCUCAUAACGAUGCAGUUGUUAUUAGCGCCUGGAUUGGAAUGUUUCGCGUGCACCGUGUUUUAGCAGAUAGCGGUAGUUCUGUGAGUGUAAUAUUCUCGGGAGCUUAUUCUUCGAUGAACUUGUCCCAUGACCUUAUUGAGGAGGAUGGGAAUCCAAUAAUUGGGUUAGCGGGGAAGUGACCAAAGCAGUUGGGAAAGUUAGACUUCCUGUGACAGUAGGAAACAAAUCUGUUGUUGAGAAUUUCCUAUUGCUAGACAGUCGCGCCCCUUACAAUGCAAUUCUAGGUCGAGAUUGGAUAAUUGCCAUGGGGGCAGUUGCCUCAUCAUUUCAUCAGUGUUUGAAGUGUCUCACUACUAAUGGAUUAGUGAAGGUCAGAAGUGAUCAAAUGACAGCUCAUGAGUGCCAUGAAAAUGCGAUGGAAGAGUACCGCAAGUAUGAAAUGAGGGGACAUCAUAUCCUCCACGCUGAAAAUAAAUAUCAAUUACAAAAGACUCCUCCAUCUGAAUCGUACGCAGGUGAAGAUGCAGCUGAACCGCCUUCGGUUGAAAAACUUGUAGAAAUUCAGAUCGGAGGAUAAAGUUAUCAGACCACGUUAGCAGGGGCAGACUUACUCGCGCACGAACUUGGUAGUUUGGUCACUUUAUUUAGAGCAAACAAGGACGUAUUUUCUUGGAGCUCCAGCGAGAUGCCGGGGAUAGAUCCUCUUGUAGCGUGUCAUCGUCUCGACAUCAAUGAAAACUUCCGCCCCGUCCGGCAGAAACAUGUCACCAAGCAAGAAGGCGGCAGUAGCAGAGGUGAUUGAUAAACUUUUGGAAGCCGGUUUUAUUCGCCCAGUUCAAUACCCGCAAUGGCUAGAUAGAAUGUAGCAGUUCCAAAGAAGAAUGGAAAGAUUCGUAUGUGCAUAGAUUUUACUAAUCUAAAUAAGCCUUGUCCAAGUAACCCCUACCCGUUUCCAAGAAUAAGUGACAUGGUUGACGCUACAUCUGGGUAUGGAAGAUUAUCAUUUAUGGACGGGUUCUCGGGAUAUAAUUAAAUCCCCUUCCAUAAAGAUGACCAAGAACACACUGCAUUCAUCACAGAUCAGGGUGUUUAUUGUUAUAUCGUCAUGCCGCUCGGGCCUGAAAAUGCUGGAGCGACAUAUCAACAUCUCGUGGACAUCAUGUUCAAAGAUUGAAUGGGAAAAACAAUGGAAGUCUACAUUGAUGAUAUGGUGGUUAAGUCCAAACAAGUAGAGUCACACUUACUUGACUUGCAACGGACAUUUGAUCGCUUGAGGCAAUAUCACAUGAAGCUACACCCAGCAAAAUGCUCGUUUGGAUUAUCGUCAGGAAAAUUUCUUGGAUACUUGAUGACUCACAGAGGAAUCGUGGCGAAUACGGAUCAGAUCAGAGAUAUUCAAGAUAUGCCAUCUCCAAAGACAAAGAAAGAAGUCCAAAAGUUGACGGGGAGGCUGGAUGCAAUAAGUCAGUUUAUCUCUCGACUGUCAGAUCGAUGUAAACCAUUCUUCGAUAUCUUGAGGAAAGCUGCAACUUUCUGGUGGACAAGCGAGUGUGAAGAUGCAUUGCAAUAAAUCAAAUGAUACUUAACAUCCCCGCCAGUUCUGGCUAGUCCAAAAAAAGGGAAACCGGUUGGGGUUUAUCUGGCAGCAACUGAUCAUGCUGUUAGUGCAGUUUUAUUCGUGACUGAUCAUAUGGAGAAAUCAGUUUACUUCGUUAGUAAAUCUCUAACGGGGGCGGAAACUCGGUAUUCUAGAAUCGAGAAGAUUGCACUGGCAUUGCUUCAGGCAUCGCGACGCCUCAAACCUUAUUUCGAAGGAAGGGUCAUUAAGGUUUACUCUGAAUAUCCAUUGAAAAAGAUUUUAGAACGAGCCGAUGAUGGAAGCCGACUAGCUACUUGUGCAAACUUUUUGGGAGCUUAUUGUAUCCAUUAUGAAUCUAGAACUGCUGAGAAGGGUCAUGCACUGGCAUCCCUUCUCGCUGAUUUUUCAGUCGAUGAUAUCAACACAGUGGUCGAUGAGGAAGAGCUUCUGCAAAGGCCUGAAGAAGAUACCCAUACUCAAAAUAAGCUCGACCUAAAUUCAGGUGACAGUGAAUCCAAUACUUAAUGGAUAAUUGUUACUGAAGGCUCUUCCAAUUGCAGUGGAGCUGGCUUUGGGUAUGUACUGCUUAGUCCUGAAGGUCUAAAAGUGGAGAAAGCUACGAGGUUAGGUUUCCCAGCGACCAACAAUGAAGCAGAAUAUGAGGCUUCAAUAACAGGACUGAAAGUUGUAAUACAACUGGGGGCGAAGAAUGUUAAACUGAUAACUGACUCAAUGUUAGUGGUUAACCAGUUCUUAGGUACAUACAAAGCUAAGGAAGAUAUUAUUUUGUCUUACCUAGAUGUUGUUCA